UUGAACACAGUGUGGAGUCAAACGCCCUGACAUCCUGAGGUGAAACCAGGGGACAUAACUACACUGUCUUUUUUUUUCUACAACUGCACCUGAACCGUGAGUCGAUCCGAUGUUUGGACCCAGUCGAGGGGUCUGCUCGGUGAUCGCAGGAUUAAAUGUUCUCCUCGCUGCUGCCUCUGCUCGUCCCGGAGCCUGCAUCAACACUAAUGUGGUUUCUUAACACACCCGCGUUUCACUGAGGCAGCCCUAGAGUCUUCACGAUGACUCGCAUUUUCUGGGAUACGAUUUUCCUCAUAAGCGGUACUUUUAGUAUGUCUGUGGUACUCAAAGGUUCUCUCUUCACAUUUGGAGCAGGGCCAAGCAGUUCAGCUACUAUUGAAGCCAGCAUGGCUAUCGAUACAAACUCCACUGCUGCUCCAAACACCACCAGCGGUGGCUCUGUGGCAGCCAGCAACAUGAGCACAACCGCCGCGAUGAUUGAAACGACAUCAAACAUCCCCACAGAGAAAAGUCCCCUCAUUACAUUUGGAGCAGGGCAGACGAAUACAACAGUUAUUGAUGCCACCAUUUCCAUCAAUACAACCUCCACUGCCGCUGCAGACAACUCAACGGGCAGCUCCCCGGCAACUAGCAGCAGGAGCACCACAACCAAAAGCCCCGUUACAACUACUUCUACCAACAAGCGCCCUGUUAAAAAAUUUGUGGCAGCGGCAGUUCGGUCUCAUUUUGACGACUGUCCAGACUCUCACCGACACUUCUGUUUCCACGGCACAUGUCGCUUCCUGAUACUGGAGGAGACACCUGCAUGUGUGUGCCACCCAGGCUUUGUUGGGAUGAGGUGUGAGCAUGCGGACCUGCUCGCUGUGGUAGCAACCAACCACAGGCAGCAGACCGUUGCCACGGUGUUGGUGUUAUGUGUGAUUGGGUGUGUUCUCAUCAUGGUGUUGUGCACGCUCUUACACUGCUGGUGGAGGCAGGACUGUCGCAGGAGAAGCCACGCACAUCACUACAUGGCGGAAAAGCAGCGGGCGCCCUGCUAUCCAUCUGAGAGCGUGGUUUGAGAAGACUCCUUGCUUGAACAUGAGCUGUUUUCAUCAUGCCGUGUUUAGUUUUCCUCUUCUGUCUGGCAUCCAAAGUGGCACCAUCGGCCAUAGGUGAGGAGGUAUUAUCUUCAAUGAGACUGAGGUAGGCCUUCUUUUUUGUGGGACGUUAAUUGGUCCAUGAUGUUUUGUUUUUCCCGCUCGCUGACUCGGAGUUUUGGACUGCUACGAUCUAUGGACGUGUUUACUUCCGCUCUUUGAUUCUGUGAGACUGCGCUCUGACGCUGCAACUGAGAAUGAAGCUGCCGCCAAAUCCUGCGUGGGAAGGUGCUCCCGGUGUCCUGACUGCUGUUUAUGGCCGGUCUAAAGCGGAAAUGCUCUACGAGGCCACUAAUCAUCCUGCUUGGAUGCUGCAUAGGAAAGGCAUUUAUCCCAGGCCGCGGGAGGACAGCUAUUCAUUUACUCAAGUCAUAAGUCCCCAAUUCCUACUUUUGUCUUUUAAUAUCUCUGCACACUUUUCAUCGGAACUUUACAAGCACUAUGGAGAUUUUUAAUCAUUUAAGGUGGGUGAAACUGAUGCUUUAAAAAACUUUUUUUAGUGUCUGUUUUUAAAGAAGGAACUCACUUCACCCGACAGGAGUAGGAAUUGUUAACUGGACUGACAUUGCGCAUUGAUUUCCUGGACUUCAAUCAACAAUUACACACACAGACUGAAAGUUGUUCCAGUAUUAUUUUGGAAAUGAGUCUUGAUGAGUGUUGCUACUGAAGCUUAAUUAUUUGUCAGUUUUAUUUUUUAUUCCUGAGCUGUACUUGAACACAUUCAUGAAUUGGAGUUUUUUUAUUAUUAUUAUUAUUAUUUAUCUGCAAGCUAUAACUGUACCAACACGUGCACAUAUGGGUGGCAAUAUCACCCUAUUCUACUUUUGUAAAUCUGCAAGCUAGCUUACUGUUGUUUAAAAAAAAAAAAAAAACCUGCACAAUGUAGUCACCUGAAAACGCGUCCUCCCUCGAGAGAUGCCAGAGUUGUUUCUAAUGAGCACUGAUGGGAAGAGGUAUCGUGCACGUCAACCUAAGCAUGCAUGCACCUAAACACAGCUUGUAUUUUUAAAGCAACAGCACAGACUUGAAAGGUGGUGUGUUAUAGCCUUGCCUCGGAUUUAAUUUCAUUUAGAGAAAAUCAUGAGUUACCAUCCCAGUCAUUUUUAAAAGUACCACAAAAGUAGUGAAUACAUUUAUAUAAUUUAAUGGUGACGGAAUUUAAAAUAAUCAGGAACUGACAUUGAUAUAAAACGUGUAUAUGUGCUUUGUGUGGGGAAAUUAAAAAAAAAAAAAAGAUUCUGGUGGUGUUUAUAUGCCAAAACUCUGAGGCAAUGAUACUCUUGUCUUUGUUUACAGCACCUGUUAAUAUUUGCAUUGCAGAUUAUAUGUGUCUGUGACGCCGUUCCAUGUGUAAAUAUAAAAACCUGAGAAAUGUUCAUUGUGUGCAUGGAGUGUCGACCUCCCGAAAAGAUGCAUCAUCCUUUUACUUUAUGUUGUCACUGUUGGAAAGCCUCUAUUAUCUCCAUUCGUUUUCCACUGAAGAAUUAAAUAUGCAAGUGUG